AUGGCUGCAACAAAGUCUGCUCCAAAAUCCGCGACGAAGAAAGCUCUUAGUGCAAAGAAGAAAGUUGUCAAGGGCCAGAAGCACUUGCAUAAGAAGAAGGUUCGCACCUCAGUGCAUUUUCGUCGUCCAAGGACUCUGAAAACUCCGCGUGUGCCGAAGUAUCCUCGUAAAUCGGCUCCGGCUCGCAAUAAGCUCGAUACAUUCGCUAUAAUCAAACAUCCUCUUACAACUGAGUCGGCGAUGAAGAAGAUCGAAGACCACAAUACUCUCGUCUUCAUGGUCGACGUGAGAGCAAAUAAACAUCAGAUUCGGAACGCAGUUAAGAAACUGUACAACAUCGACGUGCAGAAGAUCAAUACGCUGAUCACACCACAUAUGGAGAAGAAAGCGUACAUCCGUCUCACGUCAGACUACGACGCACUCGAUUGCGCCAAUAAGAUUGGAAUCAUUUGA